AUGAUUGGAAUAUCGCUGAUAGGUGAUAAAUCGCAGCCCAGUGAAACUCUGGGUCCUUCAGUCAUUAAGCGUCUCCUGGAUGCUGGCUUCACUGUGACAGCAUUGACUCGCGACCCGAACGAGACCGUGAAGAAGUACUCCCCCAAAUCUUUCAACACCAUUCUCGCCGACUAUGGCUCUGUGGACGGUUUCGAAGCCACUUUACAAGCUCGCAACAUCGAUGCUGUGGUCUGUCUCAUCAAUCGUUCGGAGCUCCAGGCUCAGACAAACCUCGUUGACGCCUGCAUUGCUGCCGGAAUUUCUCACAUUAUACCAUCGUCAUUCGGAAACGACCUUCGCGAUCCAGCUUUACGCGGUUUGCCUUCGCUGAAACAGAAGGGAGAAAUCGAAGACUACCUCAACGAGAGGGCUCGAGAGGGAGCUAUCACUUUCACAAUCAUCAAUGCGGGAUUGUUCAUCGAUCGGGCUCUGGAUGCGAAUUUCUUCUUGAAUCUCAAAGAUGGUUCUGCGAUUCGGAUCUUCGACGGAGGUGACACGAAAGUCUCAGUUACAGUGCUCGAAGAUGUAGGGCGAGCUGUAGCUUCUGCUCUUCAGAGGCGAGAUCAGCUAGUCAAUUCAUACUGCUCUAUCCAUUCUGCCGUCGUCACUCAGAACCAACUUCUGGGAUACGCUAAGGAGCUGUGUCCACGGAGGAAAUACACAACGAUAGAUCUGAAUACGCUGGAGAUGGUCGAGGUAAUGGAGGGGAGAUUGGAGGACGGUCACGAGAUGUCGGCGGGCAACGGCAGGGCGUACUUGCUCCGGGAGAUGUUUGGGAAGGGUACUUUGCUGUUCCAGUCGACGCAGAACGAAACGCUUGGAAUACACGAGUGGGAUGAGAAUAGAUUGAAGGAUCUGGUGGCGAAAUAUGUGAGAGACGACUAA